CGACUAGAUCCUUAGGCAACAAGCUUAUCUACUUUUCUUACUCUUAUCUCUAACUUUGUGUAUAAAAAGACCCUCCAUAGCAUGAUUUCAAACUUGAACUAGGUCAUUGGUACGUAGAAAAUAAAGAGAUGGCAGCAAAACCGAGUGUGAUUAAGCCUAUCAUUAGCAAGAUGUAUUGUUCUUCUUCUCAGGCUGUGCUUGCGGUAAGGAGGAGGCCACACGUAAUAAAUGGAGGUGGUUUUGUGGUCACAGAUUGUAGUCAGAAUCAGAAGGUUGCUUUCAGGGUUGAUGGAUGUGGAAUUCUGGGCACGAAAGAUGAGAUGAUUCUGAGGGAUGGUCAUGGAGACGCUUUGCUUCUCAUUCGUCGAAAGGGAGCAAUGGUUGAGGCACUAAGCAUUUACAGGAAAUGGAAGGGCUACACUUUAGACUAUGAAGGAUCACAAGAUCAGUUGGUUUUCUGUUUGAAAGAGCCAAACUCCUGUUUGGCAAGAACUCAUGCAAUCAGAAUCUCCACCAAGGCUAGGCAAAACAAAGACUGGGACUUUGAGAUCAAGGGAUAUUUUCCUGAUAAAGAUUGUAGCAUUGUUGACUCAAGAGGCAACACAAUGGCACAGAUAGGGGUGAAGAAGGAGUUGAUGGCAAGCAAGGAUCUCUACCAUGUUGUGGUGACACCAGGCAUGGAUCACGCUUUUGUUAUCGGGGUCAUUACCAUUCUUGAUUACAUAUAUGGUGAAUCCACUAGGUGCUAGUAAUUCAGAUAUUGAAGAGAAGCUUUCCUUGAUGUCGCAUCAAAACAUGACAUCUCCACAGUUCAAUUUUCUGCAAUUUGGAUGCUGCUAAUGCUCUGUCUCUGUCUCUGUCUCUCCCUGUCUCUCUCUGUCUCUCUCAUUUUUCAUUUUUCCCGGAUUGUAUUUUAGUUAUGUCCUCCCAACCUGUACUAACUGGGGAGGUAUCUUCGCAACUCUUUGAUUUGUAACUGGUGAUAUAUACAAGUUUGUGUAAAUGAGACUACAUUUUACAUUUUUCUUCAAGGAUGCAUUUCACCUUUAUGGUUAA